AUGAAUUCGGUAGAAGGGUAAUUACAGGGAUUGAUCCAAACCUUUUGAGGUUUGUCCAGCCUGGAGGUGUGAGGGAAUCAAUUCCUUGGAAGUAGUGCCAAUGGCAGCUCUCUGACAUUAUUGCAAUAUCAUCUGGGUUAGUGUAGAUGGUCCCCAGUAUAGCCAGGCUGCAGGUGCUGGGACAGACUGCUCUGAGGAAUUCAUGUUAUUAGAGCUAGGACCUGCUCAGGGAACACAGCUCUGGGUCCAGUACUAGCUGGGUUACUGUGGAUGGGACCAUUGUGGGCCCCAGGCAGGUACAUCCUCCAGGAGUUGUCUCAGCACUCCAGCCUGAGGGGUCAUAAGCCACAGUCAGUGUUCACAUGGUCGCUGUAGUGUAGAAAUGUCCUGUGAUGUCUGUCCUGAGCCUGCUCUUGACCUCCCCUGCAGACCAUGCCGUGCCCCACCCCAACCCUCCUUGCCCUCCUGAGCCUGCUCUCCGUGGCUGGCGCUGUGGGUCUGGGGGAGCUGUGCCCGUCUGAGAUUAAUAAGAUCAAGGACCGACUGGAGGUCAACUGCUCCGGGCAAGGGCACAGGGAAGUGCCUCUUCCCCUGCCCAAGAACACCAGCAUCCUGCUGCUCAGCAAAAACCUCCUUUCAUCCGUCUCCACUGCCUCCUUCCAGCACCUCCCUGAGCUGAUUGACCUGGACCUGUCAUACAACGGGCUGAGCGCACUGCAAACUGGGACCCCCAUGCCUUUGCUGCAGGAGCUAGUCCUGUCCCACAAUGCGCUGGAGGUGCUACCCUCACUACGGGGCCUGCCUGCUCUCACCCACCUGGCCCUGGCUCACAACAAUAUUACACAGCUGGCGCCAGGGCACUUCCGGGAUGUGAAGCUGCUGAAGGAACUGAAUCUACGGGGGAACCGGCUGCGGACACUGCCAGAAGAGAUCUUUGAGGGCCUGGCUAAAUUGCAGGACCUGGAUCUGUCCGAUAACACCCUGGAGGAGCUGCCACAGGGGCUGUUGGCUGGGCUGGAACUGGAGACGCUGCGACUGUCAGGAAACCAGCUUCGCACUCUGCCCAGUGGCUUCUUCCCAGAGGAGCACAUGUUCGCCUAUGUCUUCCUGGCAGGGAAUCCCUGGCGCUGUGACUGUGACCUGGCCUAUCUGCAGGGCUGGAUCUCUGAUAAUGAAUUCAGUGUCUACAGGCAGGAGCAGCGGGCAGAUGGGCUGCUGACUGAGAACGAUCCCCGCAGCCCUGUGUGCGAUACGCCCGAUAAAUACAGAGGGAGCCCCGUCCUCGACUUCCAGCAGACCUGCAGACAAGCAGGGGACGUGGACACCAAUGGGGAAUUGGAAGAGCUUGAAGAUUUGAAUAAGGCUGUGUCCUCCAGUACUGUCCCCUCCACCACCUUGCUCCUGUGCCUGCCACUACUGCUCCCUCCGUCACUCUGCCCCAACCACUUCUGAGCACCCCACUAUAGUCCCCUCCACCAUCCUGCACCCAACUACACCGAAGGAGCCCCGUCCUUGAUUUCUAGAGUAUCUGCAGCCUAGAGAUGCAAGUGCCUAGUCGAUUACCCGAUAAGCAAAUGCUUAUUGAAUUGUUGAAUAGUGACUCGACAACUCCCUCCCUCCCCGCCUCCCGGAAAAGAAAGCUUCUCUGUCUACUCCCCACUCUGCUCAGCCUGCAAAUCACUUGCCCUAAGGAUAGAUUAAAGCUGGCAUCCCCUAGAGAGGAAUGCCUCCAUGUCACACUCCCUGGUGCCCUGAGCCAGCCAGUCUCCCACCUGGGGCCAAAUGGAAGCUGAGGGCAAUGCCCCCUAUGGGGGAAAAAUCAUUCAAAUGCACCACUAAACUGUGGAGCACUUUUGGAUUUCUAUUUCUGGUGUAACUAAAGGUGUGUCUACACUGCCGGGGUUAUCUUGAAAUAAGCUAUGCAAAUUGAGCUACAUCA